UGUCAAAAUAGGCGCCAAAUUUGAAUUGUUAUUUGACAUUACAAUACGUACUAGACAAAAAAAUGCGAUAAGAUAACCCCUAAUGGUGCAAUUGAGGGGAUUAAAAUUUUAAGCGACGUUCACAUUACAUUUUGAAGCUUUGUUGGUAUAAGUGAUAUAACAGUUUUUUUCCAAACCUUUGUUGUUAGUAGGAAGUAGUAAAAUCCAUUAUUGUUAUCAUUCAAGUCGCUCACACAUUUAUUGCAUCGCAAAUUCCUCGCWUUAAGCUUUUGUCUCAAUGUAACACUUUCGCAAUCAACAAAAUGAUAAAGCGAAUCCUAUUUUCUAUUAUUUAGCAAUGAGUCGCGAACACCGAAUCAAACUGGAAGAAAAUGACGAGAAAAACGAGAGUGCCUUGAUUUUGACGACAAAAAUCGAAAAACCGGUUUAUGCAAUACCAUGGCGGAGUUCUCUCCGACAGAUUAUAGCAUGUUGUAUCGCCCAUAGCCUUGUAAUCCAAGCAGGCGUUAACAUGUCAUUCAGCGCCAUCUUGUUGCCACAACUGAAUGAGAAAACAAGUGACAUCCAUAUUUCAAAAUCGGAGGCGUCAUGGAUUGCCAGUAUAGUGGCAAUAGCCCUGCCCGCGGGUUCGGUAAUCAUCGGCCCCCUUAUGGACCGCUUCGGACGCAAAACUUUGUGUAUUUGUACUACAAUCCCGUUCGCUAUUUCGUGGAUAAUCCACGCUACGGCUACAACCGUUUGGCAUUUGUAUUUGGCUCGGAUAAUCGCCGGGUUCAGCGGGGGUCUCACAACCGUAGCUUUGGUCUACGUGAGUGAAAUCACUCACCCGAGCUACAGGACAAUGCUAUUAAGUCUUAAUAGCGUUUUUGUCUCGUUUGGAAUACUUUUCACUUGCGUUUUAGGUUUAUGGUUUCAUUGGCGUGUCAUGGCCGCCAUUAACUGUUUCCUAAUCUUGGGGACUUUAAUCCUCUUGUGGUUUUUACCAGAGAGCCCCCACUGGUUUAUCGUUUUCAAAAACAAGCCAGACGACGCAGCGAAAUCCCUCGAGUGGCUCUACAAGGACCGACAAAUUUUUGAGAAUCAACUAAGGUUGCUGGACACGAGUGCCCAAAAUCGGCGAAAAUCAAAAACUGAUUGGAGUUUUUACAAGGAAUCUGUUGUCUAUAAACCGUUUUUCAUACUUUUUAUCAUUUUUGUGAUCCAGCAAUUGUCRUGUGGUUAUGUUAUUAUUUUYUAUGCUGUUGAUUUGUUUCGGGAAAUUGGGGGGCAUUUUCGCAACGGUUUAGAUGAAUUCGUGGCUUUGGUCCUGUUAGGUUCGAUUAGGUUUGUCAUGUCGAUAAUAUCGGCUUUAAUAUCGAAACGGGUGGGUCGAAGGCCCCUCUUUUUUAUUUCCGGGUUAGGUCAAUGUCUUACAAGUCUGAUAGCUGGUGUUUAUAUGUACCUCACUGUGAUUCCCCCGGAGGAAUUAGCCAAAUUAAGUAUACACAAAGAUAAGGGCGACAACAUCGCCCUCUAUUGUGUCCUAGGUUAUGUUUGUUUCAGUUCUUUGGGUUAUUUGGUGAUUCCGUGGACUCUAAUCGGGGAGUUGUUCCCGGUUAAGGUCCGAGGCGUCUUAGGGGGACUCAUGGUGUCAAUCGCUUACAUUUUCAUGUUUGUUACAGUUAAAAUUUUCCCAUUUGUGCUCGAUUUGAUUAAAAUCCAGUGCGUCUUUUACAUCAUGGCUGUGGUGAAUUUAUGCGGUGUCAUUUUCAUUUUUCUCUUUCUCCCGGAAACGUUAGGGAAAACAUUUAAAGAUAUUGAAGGUUAUUUUAAGCGUGGUUGAAUAAAUAAAAAAAAUUAUUUUUUCGA